UACUCUGACAGAUUGACUCUAGUUUGGUGACUCCAGACGAAACACGGGGAGGAACUUGAACCAGAAGAUGAGCAGUUUAGGGUUUCGGUUAACCCUAGACCUCUUCGUCUAGGCUUCUUUGAAUCAGAUGCAGGCAGGAAAGAGCUCAUAAGUGUUAGGAUUUCUGAAAUCUCUCUGGUGAUUUCAGAAAUGACGAAAAGGGAGAGCCCCAUUAACGAAACUAGAGUUUGCAUCAACGAUGCUCUAACCGAUGACGAACUCCGAGCGAUUUUGGCAAGGUUAGAGGACGAUAAGGAUAAGGAGGGGUUUGGGAUGGUCUGUAAGCGAUGGUUGCAUUUGCAGAGCACGGAAAGGAGGAAGCUUUGCGCUCGAGCGGGGCCCUUGAUGCUUAAGAAAAUGGCUGCUAGGUUCACUCGGCUUGUGGAACUCGAUCUCUCUCAGUCAAUUUCAAGAUCCUUUUAUCCCGGUGUUACAGAUUCUGAUCUCUCUGUUAUUGCCUCUGGCUUUGGUUGUCUGAAGAUUCUCAGUCUACGGAACUGCAAAGGUGUGACAGAUGCUGGAAUGGUGGCACUUGGUAACGGUCUUUCGUAUCUCCAGUCUUUGGAUGUGUCAUAUUGUAGAAAGCUGACAGACAAGGGACUGAAAGCCAUUGCUGAGGGUUGUUGCAACUUGAGAAGCUUACAUCUUAUAGGUUGCAGAUUCAUUACCGAUGGGCUAUUGCAAACCCUUUCAAAGCACUGCUGUAACCUGGAAGAGUUGGGACUGGAGGGAUGCAGUAACAUAACAGACACUGGACUGACAAGUCUUGUUGAUGGGUGCCGUUCUAUCAAGUUUUUAGAUGUCAAUAAAUGCAGCAAUGUUGGGGAUGUUGGGGUCUCAAGUGUUUCCAGGGCUUGUUCUUCUCUGAGGACUCUAAAGUUGUUGGAUUGUUAUAAAGUUGGAGAUGAGUCCAUAUUUUCAUUGGCCCAGUGCUGCAAAAAUCUUGAAACUUUGGUAAUUGGUGGUUGCAGGAACAUCUCAGAUGAAUCUAUUAAAUCACUUGCCGCUUCUUGUCAUAGUCUAAAACACUUGCGCAUGGAUUGGUGUUUGAAUCUCUCUGACGCUUCACUGAGCUGCAUUUUAUCACAGUGUAGGAAACUAGAGGCCCUUGACAUUGGGUGUUGUGAGGAAGUGACAGAUAUGAUUUUCAAUGGGUUGGGGAGUGGGGGAUUUCAGUCAAGUUUGAAGGUUUUAAAGGUCAGCAACUGUCCAAAGAUCUCAGUUAUGGGGAUAAGUAUUCUCUUGGAGUCCUGCAAGUCCCUAGAGUAUCUUGAUGUGAGGUCAUGCCCACGUAUCACAAAAGUAGGCUGCGAUCAGGCAGGUUUGCAAUUUCCAGAAAGCUGUAAAGUGAACUUUACAGGAAGUUUAUCUGAGCCGGAUGUAUCUCUCUAGAACCAAGAUUGUAAUGGUUGGAUAACCAUUGAGACCUGUCCAAAGAAGUAAACCUUGGAAGGUGGGUGCUGCUCUUGCAACAUGUGAGCUCUAGUGCUGAAUUGCUGAUGCGAAGAAUCGAAGAAUGGAAGAAUGGUUUGGAUCUUUGGGCCAGUGAUUCUUGCUUGUGUUUUCUGUUGAUUUAUUAAUCUGAGGAAUACUCUUAUUUUAUAUUUAUCACUUGCUGAAAAUAUAUAAAGAAAAUUUGUAUAUGCUUCAUUAGUGUGUAAAAAAAUGUCUUGGCCUAGCCUUUCAGCUGUUGAACAAAUUUUGUUAUUUCUAGGAUGCAAAAGGUGUUCUGGGUCAAGAAAAUUACCUUAGUUUGAACUUUACAGAUAUAAAAUAAGAGUAUAUUCCUA